AUAAAGGAGAUCCUAAAAGGGUUAGGUAUCAGCUAGGUAGUAUCUGCAAAUUAGAACUUGAGAAUAUAUUGCAUAGUAGUAUCAAAUCUGCUUCUAAUCUUGUUAAUGAAUAUAAAGACCUGCAAGGUAUAUAUUUAAAGCAAGAAAAGGAACUUGAGCUAAAAGCUUUAUCCCUUGACAAGGAUAAAAUUCUUUGUCUUAAAGAUGAAAUAGAUAAACUAAAAGCUGAAGUAGAAGAAUUGGAAUCAAAGAUGGAAUUAGAACAUAUAUCUUAUGAUUCAGAUACUACUUUAUUUAGAGAUAAAAUAAGUAAAUUAAAUUUCCUUAAUCGUAUAUUAGAGCAGAAAAGGGAUGAUUUAAAUUCAAAGAAACAUGAAUUAGAAGCCGAAGUAAAGCAUAAAGAUUUUGAAAUUACCUCUCUUGGAGCUAAAAGUGAGAGAAUUGGAAGAUCAGUUAAAACAACAAAUAUUCUAGUCAUCCCACAAACUGAACAUAAUAGGUGGAGCUGA